UCAUAAUGAAACUGAAACAAUUCUGGGAUGUGGUUUAUGGAAACUCAAGAAACUAUCUCGUGUCCAUUACAUAGAUGUUUAUAGAUGCAGUAGACUACGCUAACUGCUGUCUCAACUUAAUCUCACUUUUCGAAGAAAGGGAUUUUAGCUUGACCUGAAACUGCGCAAAGCUCUUGAUUUUUUGGGUCGAGUUGACCUGAACAACUGAUAAACGACGAUAGGAAAAAUAAAUAUUGCGAAAGAAAUACUCAAUACGGACUCAGGUAAGGUGGAUCUAUCUUCAGAAGCUCAGUAACUAAGUGAAUCGUAGCCUACAUUUUUGCUGACAUGAACAUUUAAAUAAGGGUCCGUAGGUUGGGGGCUAUUUCCUUUCCAACCAUUGAUAUAGCCUACUGACUAGGGGCCUCUACGGAUUGUCAAAUCUCCUAACCUUUAUGCCUGCUUUCCUUAACCUUUGUGGAAAUCGUCAUCGGGUCCAGGAAAGGUGAAAAGGUGCCUCCUUUCGAACAUGGUUAUGGUUGUGUUCUGGUGGAAGCAGACAAACUACACAGGACAGCACACGAUUUCCACAUGGAGAAGCUAAGGUUUCUAGGUCUCCAGUUGACAAUGAAUGAAGAGGGAGAAAAAGGGGGUCCUACCCCUAAAUCCACUCUGUCUGGGGAACAUGGCCGCCAGAGUAAAGACCAGAGCCCAGAGCAGCAGCAGAGAGCAGACUCCCCUGGACCCAGCUGUGUCUCCAUGAAGAGUGACCGCUCUAUGGAUCAUCCUGCUACGUUUAAAGAUGGAAAUCAGUCUAUUGAGAAAAGAAGAGUCCAGCAGCAGAGAGCAGACUCCCCUGGACCCAGCUGUGUCUCCAUGAAGAGUGACCGCUCUAUGGAUCACCCUGCUACGUUUAAAGAUGGAAAUCAGUCGAUUGAGAAAAGAAGAGUCCAGCAGCAGAGAGCAGACUCCCCUGGACCCAGCUGUGUCUCCAUGAAGAGUGACCGCUCCAUGGAUCCCCCUGCUACGUUUAAAGAUGGAAAUCAGUCUAUUGAGAAAAGAAGAGUCCAACAGCAGAGAGCAGACUCCACUGGACCCAGCUGGGUCUCCAUGAAGAGUGACCGCUCUAUGGAUCACCCUGCUACGUUUAAAGAUGGGAAUCAGUCUAUUGAGAAAAGAAGAGUCCAGCAGCAGAGAGCAGACUCCCCUGGACCCAGCUGUGUCUCCAUGAAGAGUGACCGCUCUAUGGAUCACCCUGCUACGUUUGAAGAUGGAAAUCAGUCUAUUGAGAAAAGAAGAGUCCAUCAGCAGAGAGCAGACUCCCCUGGACCCAGCUGUGUCUCCAUGAAGAGUGACCGCUUUAUGGAUCACCCUGCUACGUUUAAAGAUGGAAAUCAGUCGAUUGAGAAAAGAAGAGUCCAACAGCAGAGAGCAUACUCCCCUGGACCCAGCUGUGUCUCCAUGAAGAGUGACCACUCCAUGGAUCAUCCUGCUACGUUUAAAGAUCGAAAUCAGUCUUUUGAGAUGAGAAGAGUCCAGCAGCAGAGAGCAGACUCCCCUGGACCCAGCUGUGUCUCCAUGAAGAGUGACCGCUCCAUGGAUCACCCUGCUACGUUUAAAGAUGGAAAUCAGUCUAUUGAGAAAAGAAGAGUCCAGCAGCAGAGAGCAGACUCCCCUGGACCCAGCUGUGUCUCCAUGAAGAGUGACCGCUCCAUGGAUCACCCUGCUACGUUUAAAGAUGGAAAUCAGUCUAUUGAGAAAAGAAGAGUCCAGCAGCAGAGAGCAGACUCCCCUGGACCCAGCUGUGUCUCCAUGAAGAGUGACCGCUCCAUGGAUCACCCUGCUACGUUUAAAGAUGGAAAUCAGUCUAUUGAGAAAAGAAGAGUCCAUCAGCAGAGAGCAGACUCCCCUGGACCCAGCUGUGUCUCCAUGAAGAGUGACCGCUCUAUGGAUCACCCUGCUACGUUUAAAGAUGGAAAUCAGUCGAUUGAGAAAAGAAGAGUCCAGCAGCAGAGAGCAGACUCCCCUGGACCCAGCUGUGUCUCCCUGAAGAGUGACCGCUCCAUGGAUCACCCUGCUACGUUUAAAGAUGGAAAUCAGUCUAUUGAGAAAAGAGUCCAGCAGCAGAGAGCAGAGUCCCCUGGACCCAGCUGUGUCUCCAUGAAGAGUGACCACUACAUGGAUCACCCUGCUACGUUUAAAGAUCGAGGUCAACAACCUGCCAAGAAAAGGAAGAUACAAGAGAGAGCAGACUCCCCUGGACCCAGCUGUGUCUCCAUGAAGAGUGACCGCUCUAUGGAUCACCCUGCUACGUUUAAAGAUGGUCGCCCCUCCAGAGAGGAGAGACAAUACAAGGAGAGGUCAAAGGUUAUCAGUGCUCAGUCUCUACAGCAGCAUCAAACAGAGCUGAUUAAGAGGGCUGAGGAGAACGCACACGCUUUUCUAGACAAGGAGCUGAAGAAGCUCUGGGGGAUUCUCUUCCCAGAUUACCCACAAUGCACAGAGAGUGAGAUAGAGGAGGAGGUGGAGUUGGAUUUGAAGAAAGAGGAGCAGAGGAGGGGCGCCAUAGAGGGAGUAGUAGGCAUUGCAAAGCUCUGCCUGAUGGAGAUGAACCAGGAGGAGCUGGCUGAAACACUGUGGGGCGGAACUGUUGUUGUCGAGUGCCAACGUAAAAUCAAGUCUCGUAUAAAGAAGGAGUUCAGGUCUGUGGUUGAAGGAAUCGCUAAAGAAGGACCGUCAACAGGUCUGAAUGAAUUCUACACAGAGCUCUUCAUCACAGAGAGAGGAAGUGGAGAGGUCAACAAGGAACAUGAGGUCAUGCUGAUUGAAACAUCUUCCAGGAAAACAGUAAAGGAGGAAACACCAAUAAAAUGUGAAGACAUCUUUAAUCCCUUUACUUGGCAAGAUCAACCAAUCAGAACAAUAAUGACCACUGGGGUGGCCGGCAUUGGUAAAACUGUCUUGACUCACAAGUUCACUCUGGACUGGGCUGAAAGAAAAGCCAACCACGACAUUCACUUCACAUUUACCUUCACUUUCAGAGAGCUGAAUUUACUGAAAGGGAAAGAGUUUAGCUUGGUGGAACUUCUUCAUCACUUCUUUUUUGAAACCAAAGAAGCAGGAAUCUGCAGAUAUGACCAGUACCAAGUCGUCUUCAUCUUGGAUGGUCUGGAUGAGUGUCGACUUCCUCUGGACUUCCAGAACAACCACAUCUGGACUGAUGUUACAAAGCCGACCUCAGUGGACGUGCUGCUGACAAACCUCAUCAGGGGCGACCUGCUUCCCUCUGCUUACAUCUGGAUAACCACACGCCCUGCGGCAGCCAAUCAGAUCCCUGCUGAGUGUGUUGACAAGGUGACAGAAGUAAGAGGGUUUACCGACCCACAGAAGAACAAGUACUUCAAGAAGAGAUUUAAAGAUCAGAUCCUGGCCAGAAAAAUCAUCUCCCAUGUCAAGGCAUCACGAAGCCUCCACAUCAUGUGUCACAUCCCAGUCUUCUGUUGGAUCACUGCUACAGUUCUGGAGGACUUAUUCAAAACAUCUGAGGGAGGAGAAGAGAUGCCCAAGACCGUGACUCAGAUGUACAGCCACUUCCUGAGGGUUCAGUCCAUACAGGGGGACAGGAAGUAUCAUGGGAGGGCUGAACAAAAUCGAUACUGGAGUUCUGAAAGCAAGGAGACUAUUGUUUCUCUUGGAAAACUGGCUUUUAACCAGCUGGAAAAAGGCAACCUGAUCUUCUACGAGGCAGACCUGGCAGAGUGUGGCAUUGAUAUCAGAGCAGCCUCAGUUUACUCAGGGGUGUUCACCCAGAUCUUCAAAGAGGAGUGUGGUCUGUACCAGGACAAGGUGUUCUGCUUUGUCCAUCUGAGCAUCCAGGAGUUUCUGGCUGCCCUUUAUUACGUACUUGCCUUCCUUGACAUUGGUGUCAAUCCACUCUCGGAAGAAAAACGAACCUCCAGGGAAGAGGAACUUCUCCUCCUCUACCAGAAGUGUGUGGACAAGGCCUUACAGAGUGAUAACGGACACAUGGACUUGUUCCUCCGCUUCCUCCUGGGCCUCUCUCUGGAGACCAAUCAGAUUAUCCUACGAGGUCUGUUGGGAACGACAGGAAUUGGCCCACUGACCAAUCAGAGAACAGUCGAUUACAUCAAGCAGAAGAUAGGUGGAAAUCUCUCUCCAGAGAGAAGCAUCAAUCUGUUCCACUGUCUGAAUGAGCUGAACGACCGUUCUCUAGUGAAGGAGAUCCAACAGUCCCUGACAUCAGGAAGUCUCUCCACAGAAUCUCUCUCUCCUGCUCAGUGGUCAGCUCUGGUCUUCAUCUUACUGUCAUCAGAAGAGGAGCUGGACGUGUUUGACCUGAAGAAAUACUCAGCUUCAGAGGAGGGUCUUCUGAGGCUACUACCAGUGUGUAAAGCCUCCAAAAAAUCUCUGCUGAAUGGCUGUAAGCUGUCAGAGAGAUGCUGUGAAGCUCUGGCCUCAGUUCUCUCCAUCAACUCUAGUCUGAGAGAGCUGGACCUGAGUUCCAAUGAUCUGCAGGAUUCAGGAGUGAAGCUGCUAUCUGAUGGACUGUGGAGUCCACACUGUAAACUGGAAACUCUAAGGCUGAAUGGCUGUAAGCUGUCAGAGAGAUGCUGUGACGCUCUGGCCUCAGUUCUCCUCAUCAACUCUAGUCUGAGAGAGCUGGACCUGAGUACCAAUGAUCUGCAGGAUUCAGGAGUGAUGCUGCUCUCUGAUGGACUUCGGAAUCCGCUCUGUAGACUGGAAACUCUCAGGCUCAAUGGCUGUUAUCUGUCAGAGAGAUGCUGUGAAGCUGUGGCCUCAGUUCUCAGCUCCACUAGCCUGAAAGAGCUGGACCUGAGUACCAAUGAUCUGCGGGAUUCAGGAGUGAAGCUGCUCUCUGCUGGACUGAGGAGUCCACACUGUACACUGGAAACUCUCAGGCUGAAUGGCUGUCGUCUGUCAGAGGGAUGCUGUGAAGCUCUGGCCUCAGUUCUCAGCUCCAGCUCUAGUCUGAGAGAGCUGGAGCUGAGUUCCAAUGAUCUGCAGGAUUCAGGAGUGAAGCUGCUCUCUGCUGGACUGGGGAGUCCACACUGUACACUGGAAACUCUCAGCCUCAAUGGCUGUGAUUUGUCAGAGAGAUGCUGUGAAGCUCUGGCCUCAGUUCUCAGCUCCAAGUCCUCUAGUCUGAAAAAGCUGGACCUGAGUACCAAUGAUCUGCAGGAUUCAGGAGUGAAGCUGCUCUCUGCUGGACUGGGGAGUCCGCACUGUACACUGGAAACUCUCAGGCUCAAUGGCUGUCAUCUGUCAGAGGAAUGCUGUGAAGCUCUGGCCUCAGUUCUCAGCUCCAACUCCUCUAGUCUGAAAAAGCUGGACCUGAGUACCAAUGAUCUGCAGGAUUCAGGAGUGAAGCUGCUCUCUGCUGGACUGGGGAGUCCACACUGUACACUGGAAACUCUCAGGCUCAAUGGCUGUCAUCUGUCAGAGAGAUGCUGUGAAGCUCUGGCCUCAGUUCUCAGCUCCAACUCCUGUUGUCUGAGAGAGCUGGAUCUGAGUACCAAUGAUCUGCAGGAUUCAGGAGUGAAGCUGCUCUCUGCUGGACUGGGGAGUCCACACUGUACACUGGAAACUCUCAGGCUCAAUGGCUGUCAUCUGUCAGAGGAAUGCUGUGAAGCUCUGGCCUCAGUUCUCAGCUCCAACUCCUCUAGUCUGAAAAAGCUGGACCUGAGUACCAAUGAUCUGCAGGAUUCAGGAGUGAAGCUGCUCUCUGCUGGACUGGGGAGUCCACACUGUACACUGGAAACUCUCAGGCUGAAUGGCUGUCGUCUGUCAGAGGAAUGCUGUGAAGCUCUGGCCUCAGUUCUCAACUCCAGCUCUAGUCUGAGAGAGCUGGAGCUGAGUACCAAUGAUCUGCAGGAUUCAGGAGUGAAGCUGCUCUCUGCCGGACUGGGGAGUCCACACUGUACACUGGAAACUCUCAGCCUCAAUGGCUGUGAUCUGUCAGAGAGAUGCUGUGAAGCUCUGGCCCCAGUUCUCAGCUCCAAGUCCUCUAGUCUGAAAAAGCUGGACCUGAGUACCAAUGAUCUGAAGGAUUCAGGAGUGAAGCUGCUCUCUGCUGGACUGGGGAGUCCACACUGUACACUGGAAACUCUCAGCCUCAAUGGCUGUGAUCUGUCAGAGAGAUGCUGUGAAGCUCUGGCCUCAGUUCUCAGCUCCAAGUCCUCUAGUCUGAAAAAGCUGGACCUGAGUACCAAUGAUCUGAAGGAUUCAGGAGUGAAGCUGCUCUCUGCUGGACUGGGGAGUCCACACUGUACACUGGAAACUCUCAGCCUCAAUGGCUGUCAUCUGUCAGAGAGAUGCUGUGAAGCUCUGGCCUCAGUUCUCAGCUCCAAGUCCUCUAGUCUGAAAAAGCUGGACCUGAGUACCAAUGAUCUGAAGGAUUCAGGAGUGAAGCUGCUCUCUGCUGGACUGGGGAGUCCACACUGUACACUGGAAACUCUCAGCUUGUCUGGCUGCCUGGUCACACAGGAAGGCUGUGCUUCUCUGGCCUCAGCUCUGAGCUCCAACCCCUCCCACCUGAGAGAGCUGGACUUGAGCUACAAUCACCCAGGAGACUCUGGAGCUGCGCUGCUCUCUGCUGGACUGGAGGAUCCACGCUGGAGACUGGACACUCUCAGUGUGGAGCACGGUGGAGUGUGGAGGCUGAAACCAGCUCUAAAGAAGUAUGCCUGUGACCUCACACUGGACCCCAACACGGCCCACAGACGACUCUCUCUGUCUGAGGACAAAAGGAAGGUGACGCGGGUUGGAGAGGACCAGUCGUAUCCGGAUCACCCAGACAGAUUUGACUCCCAGCCCCAGGUGUUGGGUAGAGAGGCUCUGACUGGCCGCUGUUACUGGGAGGUAGAGUGGAGAGGAGGGGUUGGUAUAGGAGUGACAUACAGAGGAAUCACAAGGAGAGGACUGGGUGGUGACAGCGGGCUUGGAGGGAACAACAAGUCCUGGGCUCUUCAUUGUUCUGAUGGUGGUUACUCUGCCGGGUACAACGGUAGAGGGACAGUCCUCCCUCUCCACCCCGCUGGCUCCACCAGAGUAGGAGUGUAUCUGGACCGGCCUGCUGGCUCUCUGUCCUUCUACAGAGUGUCCUCAGACACACUGACACACCUCCACACCUUCUGCUCCUCCUUCACCCAGGAGGACCUCCUCCCGGGGGUGGUGGCAUGGGGGGAGGGGUCAUCAGCCUCUCUGUGUCGGUUGUAGAAAAAAAAAAGGGACCUCCUGACUGAGCAUGGCCCCUGAUACACACACACACACACACACACACACACACACACACACACACACACACACACACACACACACACACACACACACACACACACACACACACACACACACACAGGCCCCCCCCCCCAGAGCCCAGGGAGGAGGUCCUGUGUGUCUAUAACUUACCUGUACGACCUUACGGCUCAGCGUCCUCCUCCCGGGGCUCUGGGGGGGGGGCCUCAGCUGUGUGUGUGUGUGUGUGUGUGUGUGUGUGUGUGUGUGUGUGUUAGUCAGUGUGUGUGUGUGUGUGCGUGUGCGUGUGCGUGUGUGUGCGUGUGCGUGUGUGUGUGUGUUAGCGUGCGUGCGUGCGUUUUUCGAUUGCCUGUUAACCAUGGUUACUAAUAUUCACACUGGUUUCAAUAAUACAUUUGAUGGUAUUUCCCAUCGUUGCUGAGCAAGAGUUUCGUUCUAAAGUUCAGUGAUUGAAACAAUAAAAGCCCGGGCUAUGGAAGUGUUCCGGUACCACUGUCAUGCACCGACCCGAUGUCAAGUGGACCGGGUGGAAUUCACUGCGGGUCUCUCUUCUUAUAUCCAUCUCACCAAAGAUAUUGUAUUACUGUCCUUCUCAACACUCUCUGAUCUCACUAAAAGGCUGGCAGCACAACACAGCAAUAACGAUGACAUGCGCCGUGCGUAGAGAAGAUAGAAUACCCAGGUUGAAUUUGCAACAAAUGAUUCUAAAUCUGCCCAUAUAUGGACACGCCAGAAUUGUUGCAUCUGUGGCUGCAGGUAAUUUAAUCACAAAGAAGUAUACUCUACGGGGCUAUUUUCAUCAUUAUUAUUAUUAUUUUAAUUUUUUUAGACGGCACAGCGAUCCGGGGCUAUUCCCAAAAGAUCCGGGGCUAUAGCCUCGAAUGCUCGAAUGCUGUAGCCUCGGAUGGGUUCUUCAAUCUGAUUGGUAGUCACACUGGAGAUUAGUUUUCCCCCCCUUUUCGGGGAUAAUGUUCCCCGUUUUGAUCUCUGACGUUUGGUUCACUUUUUUAUCCACACCUUCUGUCCUCAGCGUCUCUGUAAAUUAUAGUCUCUCUCGCUCUUGCUCUCGCUCUGAGUCUGAUGACACACGUGAACACAAACAUGCAUAUGUGAACACACACACGCGUAUAUUACCACACACACACAUGCAAGCGCACACACGCAUAUAUGAAUUAACAUAAAGACACACAUAUAAACAUACUAUACUAUAUAGGAACCUAAACACGCAGGCACACAAACACGUGUAUGUGAACACAAACAAACACGUAUAUAUAUGAACACACACACGCGCGUACAUAUUAUAAACACUCAAAUAUACACGCAGACACACACAUGCAAACGCGCGCACACAUGCACACGCCGCACGCGCAUCUAUGAACACACACUUACUCAAGUUAUGAACACACACA